UAGGAGAUCAGAAGAAGAAAAGACCCCCAAGUACUGGAAUGAUCAAGCAAAGGAAACACUGGAACGGGCUAUGGACUUAAAACCCAUCACACACACAGCCAAGAAUAUAAUUAUGUUUCUGGGGGACGGGAUGGGAGUACCUACAAUAGCUGCAGCUCGGAUAUACCAAGGACAGCUUAAAAAACAAUCUGGAGAAGAAAAUAUAUUAGAGAUGGAAACAUUUCCCUAUGUUGCGCUUUCUAAGGUAUACAACGUAGAUGCACAGGUCCCUGACAGUGCGGGUACAGGCACAGCCUACUUGUGUGGGGUAAAAGGCAACUCUGGGACCCUAGGUGUGAGUGCAGCUGCAAAGUAUGGUGUCUGUGAGACUGCAAAUGGGAAUGAGGUGAAAUCCAUACUUUAUCGAGCAAAAAAAGCAGGCAAAUCUGUAGGCAUCGUAACAACAACCCGCGUCCAACAUGCCUCUCCGGCGGCUGCCUAUGCACAUAGUGCCAACCGGGACUGGUACUCUGACAAUGAGAUGUCGCAAGCUAUGAUUGAGAAAGGCUGCAAGGACAUCUCCUACCAGCUGGUUCACAAUACUGAUAUUAAUGUAAUACUUGGAGGCGGAAGAGCCUAUAUGGUUCCUAGUGGGACACCAGAUCCAGAAUACCCAAGCAGUUCAUCAAGCAGAGGCCUUCGAAAAGAUAAUCUUAAUCUAACAAAAAUGUGGCUGGAUGAAAGAAAGGGCUCCAUAUAUGUUUGGAACAAAGAACAACUAGAUGCUGUUAAUCCAGAUACCACUGAUUAUCUUAUAGGUCUUUUUGAACCGAAAGAUAUGAAGUACGAGUUGAGCCGUGACCCGUCCUUUGACCCAUCCCUUGCAGAAAUGACAGAGAAGGCCAUUAAGAUUCUGAGGAAGAAUCCAAAAGGAUUCUUCCUAUUUGUAGAAGGUGGCAGAAUUGACCAUGGCCACCAUGAUACUAAUGCAAAAAAUUCAUUGACUGAGGCUGUUGAGUUUGACAAAGCUAUCCAUACUGCUGGGGAGCUAACAUCAGAAGAUGAAACCCUGACUGUUGUGACUGCUGAUCACUCUCAUGUCUUCACGUUUGGAGGAUACACAGAUCGUGGAAACAGUAUUUUAGGAAAGGCACCAAACAGAGCUUCAGAUGGUUUGCCUUAUACCAGUCUUCUUUACGGCAACGGCCCCGGUUACAAAGUUGUAAAUAGCUCAAGAGAGAAUAUUACAACUGUUAAUAUAGAAGGAGAUUACCGGCAGCAGACUGCUGUUCCACUUUCGUCAGAGACACAUGGGGGAGAGGAUGUAGCCAUUAUGGCUAAAGGACCCUUUGCUCAUCUCUUUCAUGGGAUUCAUGAGCAGAAUUACAUUGCCCACGUUAUGGCCUAUGCCGGCUGCUUAGAACCCUAUUCAGACUGUCCUUCAAAUUCAGGUUUUCUUAUCUCAUCAUCCAUUACAUUGUUAUUGACCUCUAUAUGGGUUGCUCUAAUGUGGUGAAAGGGAAAUGUUGUUAAAGAAUGACCUAUUGUUUAAAUAAAGUUUGUAUGUGAAGACAACACAGGGCCCCACCACUCACAAUAGGGGAUUAUCAAAGCUUCUCUCCUGCAUGCUUAGAACGCUGUCCCAUGGAACUCAGGUUUCUUUAGUCUAUAUGGCCGCUGUAAAGAAAAUUUCUAAGCGUUGUUAAAAACAGCUUAGGCAAGAUGGAUGGUCAAAAUUGUGCAGAAAAUAGAGAAGAUACAGAUGGUCACAGCAACAAACGCCAGAGGUCCAGUAUUCAAAAACAGGCUCCAACUUUUAUUUGCACCAUAAAGUGAACAUGUGCAAUGUUUCAGCAAAGUGCCUUUCCCAAGCAAAUUAAGGCACCUUGCAAAUUUUUACUUUAUGGUGCAAAUAAAAUAUGAAGCCUGUUUUUGAAUAUUGGCUUGCUGUGACCGUCUGUAUCUUCUUGGAUUGUUCUCCGGCUGUGGCAUGCUGGCACGUCACCUGCACAAGCGAUGGGUAGUUUUGUUUUGUCUCCUCUCUUGGAUGUUGAAUAAAAUCUGCAGAUAAAAAACAAAAAUAGAUUAGUCACUCUGGAAUUUCACUGUUCACAUAACAAUGUUAAUAAAUGAAGUGAUAUUGGGCAGCAAGAAUCUCACAAUUCUGCACUUAUUUGCUUUAAAUAUCUGUCUUGUGUAAGAUUUCUUUAUUAAUAAACC